AUGGCCAAGAACAUAUCUUUAGCAGUUGUUGGUACCAUCGCAAUAAUUUUGUUGUUGGUCAUUGCAGAACAAGCAAACGCAUUCACCGUUGACGCUGAUUGUUUUGGACCGUGCACUAACAAUUGCCAACAGCUUUGCAUAUCAAAAGGUUAUACAGAUUGGACUUGUGGUUCUUUUAGAACUGGGACGAGUUGUUGCUGCAAACCAAGAAAGAAACAAAUCUUUAAACAAGCUACUAGAUUGAACAACUAA